UUAAGGAGUGCUCUGGGCGGUUCUGCUGGAGGUCUGUCACACCAGAGCACUGUGAGAACGUGGGCUGAUACCUACACGAGUUCCUCGCAUUUCCCAGCAGUUCUGUGGCUUGUUAUCUCUCAGUCGGGGUGCACAUGGUUGACAGGAGUUGAGGAGAUGACAGCUACACCCACAGCACUGCUCCUUCUGUUUCUCACGCUGAUGACUCUGGCAACAAAUCGUGGCCAAAACGUUGGCAGAAAGAGGGGAAGGAAACAACAUGCAAGUCUCCAGCAAACAGAUUUGGAUCCCAAUUGUACGAUGGAAGUCAUUUUCAUCCUGGACAGCUCCGAAAGUGCUAAAAAUAUCUUGUUCGACAAAGAAAAACAAUUGGUGAUUGAUUUCUCAGAGAAAGCUUUGAACUCUGAACAAAAGACCAAAUGGUCACUGAACUGGAGAUUAGCUGUUCUACAGUACAGCAGCUAUAUCAAGAUGGACCAAACUUUCCGAGAGUGGCAGGGGCUCAAACAUUUCAAGAAACUUGUGAAUUCUAUGAUGUUCAUAGGGCAUGGCACAUACACUGCCUAUGCAAUAGGAAAUGCAACUGAGCUCUUUCAGACAGAGGGCAGGCAGAAUAGUGUGAAGAUACUCAUUUUAAUGACAGAUGGAGUGGACCAUCCUCGCAAUCCGGACACUGUGGACGCUGCAUUCCAAGCAAAGAAGAAUAACAUUCAUAUAUUUGCUAUUGGGCUUUCACACGUGGCUAAGGAGGCACCUAAUGCCAUUAAAAUGCAAAAUGUCGCAAGCAUCCCUAGCACCCAGUUUGUCCACCUGCUGACAGAUUUUAACCUCACAGAAACAAUGGUCAAUGAAGUGCUCAAAGUUGCUGAUAAAUCGUGUCUCAGGCCCUCACCAUGUUUCUGUGAAAAAGGGAAAAAAGGCGAAGAUGGACAGCCUGGAGAAGAUGGUGAACGCGGAAGGGAUGGUGAAAAAGGUUCAAAAGGAGGAAGGGGCAACAAUGGUUCUAAGGGAGAGCCUGGAAAUGAUGGGCAAAACGGAAGAUCUGGCUUCAAAGGUGAUAAGGGUGACAAAGGUGAUUGCGGAAUCCCAGGGAUUCAAGGUGACAGAGGUCCCAAAGGACCACUGGGUCCAAUUGGAAUGAAAGGGGAACUGGGCCCCCCUGGACUACGUGGUGAGAUAGGCUCAGAGGGACAUCAAGGCUCCAAGGGUGACCGUGGUCUGCCUGGUUCACCUGGUCUUAGAGGAGAUGUUGGCAUUGGAUAUCCUGGCUCAAAGGGUGACAAGGGUUUUCAAGGAAGACCUGGUCCCCCUGGUCCGUUAGCAAUUGGAGACCCUGGAUCACCUGGUCUAAUAGGUCCUCAAGGAAUAAGGGGUGAAGAAGGUGCACCAGGGAAAGGCUUUCCAGGUCUAAAGGGCGACCGAGGCUUCCCUGGGGUGAAAGGACCUCGAGGACCCUCUGGAAUUGGGUUUAAAGGUGACGAGGGAGGUUCUGGUCCUCCAGGAAGCCCAGGACCUAGGGGUGAGAACGGAUUUGGUAUUCAAGGAGAAAAGGGCAGCCAAGGUUCUAUGGGACCAGUUGGUCGAAGAGGACCAAGAUCAUCUGGUAUUCCUGGUCCAAAGGGAGACAGAGGACCUGUUGGAGAAAAGGGAAUUCAAGGAAUAGGAGAAAGAGGAUUUCCGGGGCCUAAAGGUGACUCAGGACUGAAGGGACCAGAAGGAUUUCCAGGCAAGCCAGGCAAUACAGGAAAAGUGGGAUCAAAGGGAGAACAGGGAGACCAAGGCCCAACCGGGCCCCCAGGGCUUACUAGAAAAGGAGAACCAGGUAAAAAGGGUGAUAUAGGUGAAAGAGGAACCACUGGAUUUAGUGGACCUCCUGGACCAGCGGGACCAGCGGGACCUAAAGGAGAGCCUGGGUAUUCGGGAAGAAUUGGUCUGCCUGGCCAAGAGGGUAAAGGACUUCCAGGAGCAAAGGGGGACCAAGGACUGCCUGGGCCACAAGGUGAUGCCGGUGACCCAGGAAUUGGAUUAGUUGGACCUAAGGGAAAUCGUGGACAUCUUGGACCACGUGGGGCCCCUGGACCUAAAGGAGAUGGGUACAUUGGCCCUCCGGGCAUUCAAGGAUCCGUAGGCCCACGUGGGGAUCCAGGGGAAGAUGGCAAAGGAUUGCCUGGAGAUAAGGGAGAAAUUGGAUAUCCGGGGCCUACAGGUCAAAGAGGUUUUCAAGGGGUAGGAUUUCCUGGUUUAAAGGGAGCUGUUGGGAAACUGGGGCCACAUGGACCCAAAGGAGAACAAGGAGAAGGUAUACAAGGAUCAAAGGGAGAUCUGGGUCCUCGAGGUGUGCCAGGACCCAGAGGACCACAAGGGGAAAGUAUACAGGGAGAGAAGGGCGAUCAUGGAUAUAAAGGUGAACGAGGGAAGAUGGGUGACAAAGGAGAACCAGGAAUCCCUGGCCAAAUUGGUCUUAAAGGAUAUCCUGGAGAGAAAGGUGAAUCUGGUUUAACUCGAGAACAUGUCAUCAUGUUGAUCAGAGAAAUCUGUGGGUGUGGCAUGAAGUGCAGCCUGCAGCCACUGGAGCUGGUGUUUGUGAUUGACAGCUCUGAAAGUGUUGGCCCAGAAAACUUUGAAAUUAUCAAAGAUUUUGUCAUCAACCUAUUAAACCAAAUUACCAUCAGCAACGACACCAUUCGGAUCGGAGUGGUACUUUAUAGCGACAAAGCAAAAGAGAUCAUUAACUUUAAGCACCAAGUCUCUCAGGACCAUGUCAAAGACUUGAUCAGAAACCUGAUAUACUUGGGAGAAGGCACUCUCACGGGAACAGCCAUGAACAUGGCAAAUAAGAUUUUGAUCGACUCCAGACCUGGAGUGCGCAAAGUGGCAGUGGUCAUAACCGAUGGACAGACUGACAAGAGGGAUCCUUUCAGUCUGAAUGAGACAGUGAGAGAGACCCAUGCGGCCAACAUUGAGGUGUAUGCGAUCGGUAUAUUGAACAAGAACGAUCCAUCCUACGAAGAAUUUAAGAAUGAAAUGAACUUGAUUGCCUCUGACCCUGAUAUGGAGCACGUUUACCUGAUUGAUGACUUUAUGACAAUUCUAACCCUUCAGUCUAAACUGUCCAGCGAAAUCUGUAAAGAGGACGGGAGGAUAUAUAGUUCAGUUCCCAGCUCCAUACUGCUCCCUGGUGUGCCUUCACCUUUUCCUGACGAUAAAUACCAACCAGACAGGGAUGUCCAUUUCCUCGAUACAUCAGACCACAAGGAAACAACUGAGCGAGCUCCUCCAGGGAGACAUGGAGAAUAUGUUGAUAGUGAGGUGAGUUUGCUCACCGGGGGUGAUGUGUCAGUGGAUCACGUCAAACCAGGUGAGCCUCCUUUAAGAAGACCUGAAGCAGAACGUCAACCCGACAUCCCGGAAGUGGUAGAGCCCACUCCUACAGUCAGCACUCCACAGACGAUAUUCCAUGAGCCUGUUGAUCGUGGAAUAUCAACAGAUGUAGGAUGUGCUGAGCCGCUAAAUCAAGGACCCUGCAGGAAUUAUGUAAUUAAAUGGUACUACGACAGGAUGGCCGAGGCCUGUGUCCAGUUCUGGUACGGUGGCUGUGAGGGAAACAGAAACCGCUUUGAUAACCAACAAGAAUGCACUCUGAAAUGCUUUCUGUGAA